UAGAAGCACAAACCUUGAUUCCACCACACCCCCUUUUAAAAGUGUAGCUGCUCUUAGAAGCUUCUCUCAACCAUCUCAAGAUUUUGGAAACAAAAACCAGAAAGAAGAUGAAUUGUAGAAAAAGAAGAAGAAAAACAACAAUAACAACACAAUGAGAGCUCAUCCAAUUUGCAACUUUUUAUCAACACUGCUAAUUUUUAUCACUAUUACAGCAGCAGAACACACACAAAUUCAACAUCUCAUUGAUAUUAAUCCCUUAACCACUAGAAGAAUUCUUCAUCAACCCCUCUUUCCAUCUACUUCAUCAUCCCCACCCCCACCACCACCACAAAUCAAUUCUGAACCCAUUUUCCCUACCCCAGAUCACCCUUUUUUCCCAGAAGUCCCAACUGUACAAACCCCAGAUCAACCACAACAACAACAAAUUCAACCAAAUGGGACACCAGUUUCAAGAAACAAUUCAAUUGCACCUCAACAAACAAGCCCAACCAAGAAAUAUGCAAUUGCAGUUUCUGUUGGAAUUGUUACUCUUGGUAUGUUAUCUGCUUUGGGAUUUUACAUCUACAAACACAAAACAAAACACCCAGAUGAAACCCAGAAACUUGUUGGCAACAAUAGUUUUCAAGAAGAAUCAAGAAUGCCACCUAAUUUUCUUUACAUUGGUACUGUUGAACCAUCAUCAGCAUCAGCAGCUUCACAAACCCAAAUUAAUCACUCCAUUGUUGCUUCCCCUUAUAGGAAAUUGAGUCCUCCUAAGAAAUCAGAUAGAUAUAGACCAAGUCCAGAACUCCAACCACUUCCCUCAUUGAGAAAUAAUCCUACAUUUUUCAAUCCUCCUGCAAUAAUAAAUUCCUCUGAAGACGACGAUGAAACCAAAAUUUACAAGCCAUAUAAUAUGACUAGUGCUAGUAGUACUAGUAUAAUGACGAGAUCAAAUAACUCGAUUCCUCAUUCAAAGAGAACAUCUCCUAGAUUGUCUCUUUCGUGUUCGUCCCCUGAUAUAAAACGCGCGAUAAUUGUACCAUCAGUUAAGCAAACUUCACCACGAUCUCCUCCACCACCAUCACAAUUGCAGCAACAUAAGAAGCCAACACUAACUUAUGUACCACAAAGGGUGAAAUUCUCACAACCACCUCCACCACCAGAUAUGUCCAGGCUCAAAUCACCAAACAACCAAUUACAAGUGACAUCAAAAGCUUCAGCUCCUCCUCCUCCUCCUCCUCCUCCGCCUCCUCCUCCACUAUCAACCUCUCGAGCACUCGGAGGCAAAGUUGGCUCAAGAAUCACCAAUUCUAUUGAACGAUCACGACCCCAAAGAAGUUUUUCAUCUGUAAAGCCCCAAUCAAGUAGUCCCACACCAAGAUCAGGUUAUGUUGUGAGUGAGAAGAUAAAUCAUUUGGAAGAACAAAAUGGAGGAGCUAUGCUUGAUACUGAGACUAUUGAUGAAUCAAAGCCCAGGUUGAAGCCUUUACAUUGGGACAAAGUACGAGCUACUUCUGAGAGAGCCACGGUGUGGGAUCAAUUGAAAUCGAGCUCUUUCCAAUUAAAUGAAGGCAUGAUGGAGUCACUCUUUGGAUGUAAUUCUGUAAAUUCAGUAACAAAUGAAGUCACUAAGAAACCAGUCCGUCCUACGGUUGAGAAGGAGAACAGAGUUCUUGACCCGAAAAAAUCACAGAACAUUGCCAUAAUGUUGAGAGCAUUGAAUGUAACAAAGGAUGAAGUCUCUGAAGCCCUUUUAGAUGGAAGUGCAGAAGGAUUGGGGCCUGAACUUCUCGAGAGUUUGGUUAAGAUGGCUCCAACAAAGGAAGAAGAGAUAAAACUAAGAGAUUACAAUGGGGAUACUUCAAAAUUAGGGUCAGCAGAACGAUUCCUCAAGGCCAUUCUUGAUAUUCCAUUUGCCUUCAAAAGAGUAGAAGCCAUGCUAUAUAGAGCAAAUUUUGAUGCUGAAGUGAAGGAUUUGAGGAAGUCUUUCCAGACACUUGAGGAAGCAAGUCAAGAACUGAAGAACAGCAGACUAUUCUUCAAACUCCUUGAAGCUGUUCUGAGAGCAGGAAACCGCAUGAACGUUGGCACUAAUCGCGGUGAUGCAAGAGCUUUCAAACUGGAAACUCUUUUGAAGUUAAUAGAUAUUAAGGGAACAGAUGGAAAGACAACCUUGCUUCACUUUGUAGUUCAGGAGAUUAUCAGAUCAGAAGGGCUGAGUUCGGACGAUAAUAACCUUGCUAAUUUAUCAUCAAAUAUCAAAUUCAAAGAGCAAGGGUUGCAGGUAGUUGCCGGAUUAAGCAGAGAACUUUGCAAUGUCAAAAGAGCAGCAGGAAUGGACUCGGAUGUCUUAAGUGGCUACGUAUCAAAGCUUGAGGCAGGACUUGUUAAAGUUAGGUUGGUUUUGCAGUUUGAAAAGAGAGGCAUGGAAGGGAAGUUCUUUGAGUCAAUGAAAGUAUUUCUAAAGGAGGCUGAAGAUGGUAUUGUGAGGAUCAAGGCAGAAGAAAGAAAAGCUUUGUCGAUGGUCAAAGAGGUAACAGAAUAUUUCCAUGGUGAUGCUGCCAAAGAAGAAGCUCAUCCUCUCAGGAUAUUUCUGAUUGUAAGAGACUUCCUCUGCAUAUUGGAUAGCGUUUGCAAAGAUGUCGGAAUGAUGCAGGAUAGAACAGUGGUUGGUGCUGCCAGAUCAUUCAGAAUAGCUACAACUGCAUCAUUACCAAUCUUAAACAGAUACAACGCGAGACAAGAUAGGAGUUGGGAUGACGAUAGCUCAUCACCUUGAUGCUAGGAUCUCAAAGUUCGUUACAAGAGUAUCCGAGCAUCACAGGCUACAUUUGCUACAACGAUAGGAUUAGCAUUCAACCGUGCAGCUCAAUAAUAACGCGCACAUAAGAAUAAGAGGCUGCAGCAUUCUGAGUCUGGGGUAGUGUCAAAAACAAAAUGAUCAUUAUAAGGUAAAGAGAUUAAAUUCCUAAUUUCUGUUUAGAGCUAGUUUUAUAUUUAUUCAUCAUUUGUAUACAUAGUAAAGUUGAGAUUUUGAUAUUUAUCAUUUGAGCAACAGAAUUAUAUGUCUUAAUUAUAGUUUCAUACAGGAUAAAACAGCUGUUUUAAAGGUUUUUAUUAA